UUCCUGUGGGAAGGGGAAGCUCCCAGGCCUACUUGCAAGGGGGAUUUUUCCUGCAGGCUGUCUGCCUUUGCCCUCUGGCUAAAAGCCCCCGUCUGGAGCCCGGGAGAAGACUCGAUCCCCAGCUCCUGGAGAACAAGGGACUGUUGCUGACUUUAUCUGGCCUCUGUACGUGUAGAUCUGCGUCCCUCUCAGGCCCCACAUCUUCUUUCUGCUCGGUGGCUGCAUCGCAAAAUGCAUCCUUCAGCGGGAGUAUUUAAGGCUGCGAGUGAGGAGAGCUGCAGCAGAGAAGCGCUAGUCCAGCAGAGGCAGCCCCGGAGACACUGACGCUGGAAGCCUGAGCUGCAACCAGAAAAGAAAAAUGCUGCCAGCAACUUUCAAACUGUGUGCCGGGAUCUCCUACAGACAUCUGCGCAACAUGACCGGCUUGAGGAGGCAGGCUGCUGCUGCCAUCAGCCAGGAACUGAAUAAACUCACCCUUGCUGGCCCUGGUCCCAGUAAAUGGAUCAACCAAGUUCGCAGGAGGAGUUCCUUACUUAGCUCCAGGUUGGAGGAGAAGCCCUUCAGUGAAGUGGAGAUGUCCUACAUUAAACAGGGAGAGGAAGCCCUUCAGAAAUCGCUCAGCAUCCUCGGGGAACAGGAUGGCUGGAAAACUGAGACCAUAGCGGGGAAUGGGGACAAAGUGCUGAGCAAGAUGCUCCCAGACGUUGGGAAGGUAUUCCGGCUAGAGGUGGUUGUGGACCAGCCCUUGAACUCUGUGUAUGAUGAGUUGGUGGAAAGAAUGGAGCAGAUGGGAGACUGGAAUCCAAGCAUCAAGGAAAUCAAGAUUCUCCAGAAGAUUGGGAAAGACACCGUGAUAACCCAUGAGACUGCUGCGGCCACGCCUGGCAAUGUGGUGGGACCACGGGACUUCGUCAGCGUGCGGUGUUCUAGAAGACGUGGCUCAACGUGUGUCCUGGCAGGGAUGGCCACAAACUAUGGAGCGAUGCCAGAACAGAAGGGAUUUAUAAGAGCUGAGAACGGUCCCACCUGUAUGGUUCUCCAUCCACUGCCUGAAAAUCCUUCGCAGACCAAGUUAACUUGGCUACUCAGCAUUGACCUAAAGGGCUGGCUGCCUAAGACGAUAAUCAACCAAGUCCUUUCCCAGACCCAGGUAGACUUUGCCAACCACCUGCGCAAGCGCUUGGCUACCCCAAUUGCUGUCAGCUGCUGAACCCUCAAGAACUAUUAACCUUCAGCAACAGCCAGAAGCCUACCUGAUGUUUAGAUUUCGCCUCAGAGGUGAUUAUCCUGUGUAGUGUUAUCUGAGACAUGCUUUGGGUAAAUGAAUGGGUUCAGGUUUCUAAUGCUGCAUUGAGUUCGCUGGGCUCCCUUCUUAGCUGAACAUAUCAGACUUGUUGGUGCAGGCAGCCACUUCAAAAUCCCCCAGAAGGUCUGUCUGACUGAAAAGGCUUCUGCUCUGUGCUCUGCAACAGCUUCUGAUCAAACAGGGGAUUGAUGUCAAGGCACAGAGUAGAACACUCAGCGAGAGCUCCAGGUUAACCCUCACAGGUACUUACAGUACUUUGCUGUACAGGAACACACUCUUUAGCUUUAAGAUCAGAAGUGAGUUAUAGGUUUAAUAUAUAGCUCAAGGCAUCUUGCAAUACCCAAAAAAUCAAUCCCUGUGCAGAUCCUAUUAUUGAAUUGUUAGCGCAAAGGGAGAUUUGCCAAUUUAUAUCAAGCUAGCUUUCUGUUUAAUUUAAAUGUGCCAAUGUAAGUUACUUUGCUGCUCUUUUCUGUCAGUGAACUCUAAGCAGCCCUGGUCUGUUGAGUACAAAUUUAGCAUGUACUUACACAGCCCCCUCUGAAAGUGGGCAGGAAUAACUUGUCUUAGUUUUGAAUAGGCUGGAUAGUGUCUGACUUGAUUUCUCAUAAGACAUUUUAUACAGUUAGCAUAGUAGGACAGUGCAUCUUUGUAAGCUUACACUUUUACCUAAGAACCCAAUACACCAGCAUUAGUUUUGCACUCAGUGGAAUUCAGCUGUAGGAAGUUAAUUUAUAAAGCCAGUUUGCAGGUAUUUAUUUUUCAUGUAUAGACAUGCAUAAUGGACUAUUUAAUAUUUAUUCUCAGUGACCAUGGAGCUCUAAGCAAGUUUAUUUUAGGGGGUGGGGGUUCCUUAUCCAGUAGGGAAAUUUUAAGCAAUGCUUGACUUCCCUAGAACCAACCAGUUCCUGUACCCUGCUGAGAUAAGACUGUUGCUAUGCAGAACUCUGCAAAUAUUUCAAUGUAAUUCUGUAGUAGCCUAAUGUACUGACUCAGUUUAAAUAAUCCACUUUGAUGUAAUAUGUAUAGAUACUUUUAAAAUACAUAGCUGAAAAAGA